CACACACACAAACAGUUGAUCAUGUGCAGUGGAGUCUGACUACUCCCUUUUCAGAAACCAGCCUGGGGCAGAGCUGCUGGGAGUAAGCAGGCUUUAAGGAAAAAUGAAGAAGUGGCAAUAACAUUAUUUUCAUCGCUGCCUUAGACACAGAGAGCUGUCUUUGACAGUAUUUUCAGAAGACUCCUUUGUUUCAAAUUUUCCUGACAGUACAAUGCAUAUGAAACAGAAAAGUGUGUAUCACCAAACUCAAGCACUUCUGUGCAAGAUUCUUCUUGAGAAAUGGAGAAAUAAAAGAACGAGCGCCUUGGAAUGUGGGAUUCCAGCACUUCUAGGACUCUAUCUGGGCCUAUUUUCUUAUUUUAAAGAAAAUAUUCAUUUUCCUGGAAUGCCACCUCAGGAUCUGGGAAGAAUAGACCAAUUUAAUAGCUCUUUAGUUGUUGUUUAUACACCAAUAUCUGACAUAACCCAGCAGAUAAUGAAUCAAACGGUCUUCGCUCCCUUCUUGACAGACAAAAAAGUCAUUGGAGCAGCCAACAGAACACAUUUGAAUGAAAUAAUUGAUGAUAAUCUCCCAUACGCAGCAGGAAUCAUCUUCAAUGACAUGUUUUCUUACAAUUUAACAUUUUUUCAGGGGUUUUCCAUUCCGUUCCUGAAGGAAGAUGCUUUCUCAGCUCAUUGUUGGGAUUCAAAUCAAGAGUUUAUGUGUUUACUGGACAGAUACUGGAAUAGAGGAUUUGUGCCUUUACAAGCUGCAAUCAAUGCUGCUAUUAUACAAGUCCUGACAAAUCACUCUGUGAUGGAACAGUUGAUGUCUGUUACUGCUAUAGAUAUGAAGACAUUGCCUUUUAUAUCGAAAGAUUUUCUACAAAAUGAAAUGUUUAUUUUCUAUUGCUUGCUAUACUUCUCUCCAUUGACAUACUUUCUAUCGCUCAACAUAACAAAAGAGAGAAAAAAGAGGAAGGAUGUGAUGAAAAUGAUGGGUCUUCAAGAUUCAGCAUUCUGGCUCUCCUGGGGGUUAAUGUAUGCUGCCUUCAUUUUCAUUUUUUCCAUAGUCAUUACAAUUGUCAUAACAACUACAAACAUUAUAAUCCUGACGGGUUUCAUGAUCAUAUUCACACUCUUUUUCUUAUAUGGCAUCUCUUUGGUAAUGUUAACGUUCCUAAUGAGUGUGCUGAUCAAGAGAACUGCCCUCACAAAUUUGGUGAUAUUUGCCCUCACCAUCUUCUGGGGAGGUGUGGGGUUUACAGUAUAUUACAGGCAACUCCCCUCAUCCUUGGAGUGGAUUUUGUGCAUUUUUAGCCCCUUUGCCUUUAUUUCUGGAAUGACUCAGAUUAUUCAUCAGGAAUACAAUAUGAGUGGUGUAAAUUUUCCUGACCCUUCAGGAUACUCCUAUAGAAUGAUUGCAACAUUUUUUGUAUUGGCUUUUGUUGCCCUUUUGUACUUGGUAUUGGCUUUAUACUUUGACAAACUCUUACCUUAUGGAAAUAAGAGCCAUUAUUCUCCAUUAUUUUUCCUGAAUUCAUCAUCUUGUUUCCAACAUCAAAGGACUAAUCAUAAGGUUAUUGAGAAGGAAAUAGAUACUGAGCACCCACCUGAUGAUUAUUUUGAGCCAAUACCUCCAGAAUAUCAAGGAAAAGAAGUUAUCAGAAUCAGAAAUGUUAUAAAAGAAUACAAAGGAAAGUCUGGAAAAGUGGAAGCUUUGAAAGGCUUGUUCUUGGACAUAUAUGAAGGUGAAAUCACAGCAAUUCUGGGACGUAGUGGAGCUGGCAAAUCUUCAUUACUUAAUGUCCUCAGUGGAUUGUCUGUUCCAACAGAAGGAUCAGUUACUAUCUACAAUAAAAAUAUCUCUGAAGUGCAAGACUUGGAGGAUAUAAGAAAGAGAAUUGGUGUUUGUCCACAGUUUAAUGUCCAAGUUGAUAGUCUCACAGUCAAGGAAAACCUCAGACUAUUUGCUAAAAUCAGAGGGAUUCUACCACAAGCAGUGGAACAAGAGGUACAAAAAGUUUUAUUGGAAUUGGGCUUACAAAACAUGCAGGAUCACUUUGCUCAACAUUUGAAUGACGGACAGAAGAGAAAGCUGACCUUUGGGAUUGCCAUUUUAGGAGAUCCCCAGGUCUUAUUAUUAGAUGAGCCAACUGUGGGAUUGGAUCCAUUUUCAAGGCAACAAGUAUGGACUUUCCUCAAAGAGCGCAAAGAGGGCCGUGUGGUCCUUUUGAGUACCAAUUUCAUGGAUGAGGCUGACAUCUUGGCUGAUAGAAAACUAAUCAUGUCUGAUGGAAGACUGAAGUGUGCAGGCUCAUCUGUGUUUUUGAAGAGAAGAUGGGGUCUUGGCUAUAACUUGAGUUUGUACAGAAAUGAAUUAUGUGAUCCAGAAAAAAUGACAUCUUUUAUUAAUACUCACAUCCCUGAAGCUAAAUUAAAAGCAAAAGGCAAAGAAAAACUUGUAUAUGCAUUGCCUUUGGAAAGAACAAACGCAUUUCCAGAGCUUUUCAGUGAUCUGGAACAGGGCGCUGGCCAGGGUGUGAUAAGCUAUGAUGUUUCCAUGUCAACGUUGAGUGACAUCUUCAUGAAAUUAGAAGGAGGAUCAGCUAUCAGUCAAGAUGCAGAUUUUGAACACUCAGAAGUGAUGAGAGACACCAAAAGUCUGCAUGAAAUGGAACAAGUUCACUCUUCAUCCACUGCAAUGAGGAAAGCUGUGAGUGCCAUGGGUCUAUGGCGAAUGCAGGUCUGUGCAAUGGCCAGGCUUCGUUUCUUAAAAUUAAAGCAUGGAAGAAAAGAGCUUUUGGCCCUAUUGUUGGUAUUCGGAAUUGCAAUUUACCCUUUCAUUAUGGAAAGGAUAGUGUAUGGUCUCUUAGAUCAAACGAUUGACUGGGAAUUUAAACCUGAGUUUUAUUUCCUCUCUCCUGGACAACUUCCCCAAGAAACUCGUACCAGCCUGUUGAUCAUCAAUAACACAGAAUCAAAUAUUGAAGAUUUUAUAAAGUCAGUUAAACAACAAAAUAUACUACUGGAAGUAGACGACUUUGAAAAUAGAAAUGGCACAGAGGAUCCAUCAUAUAAUGGAGUUAUCAUAGUUUCUGGUAAACAGAAGGAUUAUAGAUUUUCUAUUGUGUGCAACACCAAACGACUGCAUUGUUUUCCUAUUCUCAUGAACGUCAUCAGUAAUGGGCUACUUGGAAUGUUUAAUCACACACAGUAUAUUCGAAUGGCGAGAAGCACAUCUACUGUAUUACUUUUGUUGAGCUGGUUUGGGCUGCCUGAGAGUACCAUUUUCUUGUUUUUGGUGGUCUGCAACAUUUCUCCUUACUUUGCCAUGAGCAGUGUCGGCGAUUACCAAAAAAGUUGUAAGUCCCAACUAUGGACUUCCGGACUCUUUCCUUCUGCUUACUGGUGUGGACAGGCACUGGUUGAUGUCACCCUUUAUGUUUUUAUUCUCAUUUCUCUUAAUCUAAUUGUAAUACUUGAAGCUAUUCAGGACAUUCAUCUAUCGGGACUAAUUUUGUUUGCCUUGGUUGUAAUUAUGCUUGGUUUUGCAACUUCUCUGGUCUUCAUGACAUAUGUGAUAUCAUUUCUUUUUCGCAAGAGGAGAAAAAAUAGUGGCAUUUGGUCAUUUGCCCUCUAUUUUGUCUCACUCAUCCUCUUUGAUACCAUUGUUAUGCAUGAGUCGCGUAUACCCACUUACAUUACUGCUAUGAUAUUUUUUCCACCCAUUAUCUUGAUUGGAUUUAUAAGAGUUAUUGUGGAGAAAAACUACAUGUAUCACGAAAGUGUGGAAGAUACAGCUAUUACCAUUAGUGGUGCAGAUUUUCUACUCUGUCUCAUACCUUACGUUCAGACUUUGCUAUUCAUUUUUGUUCUAAGAUGCCUGGAAAUGAAGUAUGGAAAGAGAAUCAUGCAAAGAGAUCCUAUUUUCAGAAUUUCUCCCCAGAGUGGAGGUGCACGGCAGAAUCCAGAACAUCCUGGAGAUGAAGAUGAAGAUGUUCAAGCAGAAAGAACAAGAACAGCAACUGCCCUCACCACUUCGACCUCAGAAGAGAGACCAGUCAUACUUGCCAGUUGUCUACACAAAGAAUAUAUGGAACAGAAGAAAAGUUGCUGUUCAAAACCAAAGAAUAUAGCCAUAAGAAAUAUCUCCUUUUGUGUUCAAAAAGGUGAAAUUUUUGGAUUACUGGGACCCAAUGGAGCUGGUAAAAGUUCAUCUAUGAAAAUGAUAUCUGGAGUCAUAAAGCCAACAGCUGGAGAGGUGGAACUGAAUGAUUGUCGCUCAUUUUGGGAUCAGCAAGGAGAUGGCCAAGUCAAGUCCCUGGGGUACUGCCCUCAAGAGAAUGUGCUGUGGUCCAGUCUAACAGUGAAGGAGCACUUUGAGGUGUUUGCCUCUGUGAAGGGUCUGAACAAAGAGGAUGCCAGUGCUGCCAUUUUACGAUUGGUGGCUGCUUUUGAACUGCACGAACAACUGAAUGUUCCAGUGUGUAAAUUAACAACAGGAGCCAGUAGGAAGUUGUGUUUUUUGCUGAGCAUCCUGGGAGACUCGCCCAUCCUGCUCCUGGAUGAACCUUCAACAGGCAUGGGCCCGGCUGGUCAGCAGAAAAUGUGGAGUGUAAUACAGAGUGCCAUUAAAAACAAGGGGAAGGGGGCCCUCUUGAUUACACAUUACCUGGCUGAGGCCGAAGCCCUGUGUGACCGUAUCGCCAUCAUGGUGUCAGGAAAACUUAGAUGCAUUGGCUCUAUCCAACACCUGAAGAGUAAAUUUGGCAAAGAUUACAUCCUAGAACUCAAAGUGAAAGAAACUUCUCAGAUGGCUUCAGUCCAUACAGAGAUUCUGAAACUUUUCCCACAGGCUGCCCAGCAACAAAGGUAUUCUUCCUUCCUGACCUAUAAACUGCCCAUGAUGGAUGUUCAUCCGCUGUCUCAGGCUUUUCACAAAUUAGAAGCUGCAAAACAUAAAAUGAACCUGGAUGAGUACAGCCUCUCUCAAUGCACCCUGGACAAGGUCUUCGAAGAGCUUUCCAAGGAGCAGCAGCUGGGAGAACUCGAUGAAGUUGACACAGCUAUGAGAUGGAGACUGUUACCUUAUUCAGACGACCCUUAAAACCUCAUGUCUACUAAUUCUUUGUUGUUGUGUGUCAUAUGCACUAUGCGCUAUGAAUAAUUAGUAGGAUAUAUAAAUUAAAAUUUUGUUGCCAUCAGCAUCAACUAUAUUUUGUAUAUUUAGUUGGUUACCAAAUACAUUGUUAAAUUGAAGGGUGAUAGAAAAUUCAUGAUAAAGAUAGCAACACUUCCUAAAAGUGACUGGAAGUACCAGAUCCUGGGUUCAGAGGAUAUAAGACCACAAGAAAAAUAUAUGAAAGGAUGAUGUUUUUGGAGCAUAACAUUUAUUAAAAAAUAGUCUUGCUAACAUACAGAAGGAUGUAACCUACAGCCAUAGGCCACAAGAUUGCUAACCCAGUUUAAGUUGAUUAGGGCAUCACCAGAGUCUUCUCUGGAAAUCUUCUAGAAUUCUCUUUACUUACAAGGGAACAUAUGCGCAUGAGUAAAGCAGUUGAAACAUGUCUUUUCAAAGUACUGGGAGUAACCAGAGCAUUUAAUUGGAUUUUUAAAAUUUUAGAUUGUUGUGUUGCAUUCUUAGGAUUGUAGUGGGGGUAUCUAAUCUCUUUUACAAAUAGUUUUUGUGUAUUUACUACAAGCAUUGACUCAUCUUUUUAGUAAACCUAUGUAUGCAUGUAUGUGUGUAUAGUUUUACAUAUAUGCAUGUACCCAUAUUUUUUGUAUUCUUAGUGGGAAAAUCAUCUUUAGUUUGACAUAUUAAUGUUAUAUUACACAAUAUCUGUUCAUUUUUAUUAUCAUCUCAUGAGAAAAAAAUUUGAAAACCAAGCAAUAUACUUGAUGCUCCUUUGUGAUAUAUAACUUAAAAUAUUGUCAUUUUUACUGAAGAGAAUUUGUAUAGUGUGGAAAAUAGACAUUAAAUAAAAUUAAGUAGUAAAUCACCAUAAUAUUUUUAUACACAUAAAAGUCAACUAUCAAUUUUUGUUAGUGCAUUUUAACAUAGUUGGAAUUAUAAACAUUUUAAUUAAAUAUACAUAUACUUAGAUUUGCCGAUUAAUUUAAUUUUGACUCUAUGAUGACUUUACUACUUUCACUUGAUCACUUGACUUCCCGUCAAUUGUCGAUUUGCUUGAGUGGGUGCCAGUAACGUCUCCAUUUGUCCCUGUCGCGUGCUAGUGUGGCCCAAUGGCGUCUGUUAGCUCUAGGAACACGAAGAGCCUCAAACAGAUCGUUCAUGAUCUUGAUGAAGAAGUCUGACCAUCUGGUAGGUGGGCGGCCACGCGGUCUUUUGACAUCCCAUGGAAUCCAGUCGGUAAUGGCUCUAGUCCAGAGGUUGUCUCUAAAUCUCAUUACGUGACCAGCCCAUCUGAUUUUUGACACCUUGGCAAAUGAGACAGCGUCCCUGAUUCUUGAUCAUGAUCGUCGACGGAGGUCAGAACUCCGGAUUCUUUCUCUCAUUUGAGUGACAUGUGAUAUUCCAAGCAUAGCUCUUUCGAUUCCUCUUUGGGAGACCCCAAUAGCGUUCUCAUCCUGUUUGCGUUGGGCCCAGGUCUCUGAGGCGUAUGUUAAUGCAGGGAGAACAGUGGAAUCAAAGAGAUGUGCCCAGAGCCGGAGGUUCUUCGUCCUCUUAGCUAUUUCUUCGACACUCUUGAAGGCAUUCCAAGCUGCUCCCUUCCUCCUGCGCAGCUCGGGUGCCAGGUCAUUUGUCAUGUUGACUUCUCGACCUAGGUACACAUAGCUGUUGCAUUCGGAGAUGGUCGUUCCGUUGAGAGCGAAUGGGGCAUCAGGAGCAAGGCUGUUUCUCAUAAACAUUGUCUUCGUAAGAUUCAGCUGUAGUCCUACCUUUCCACACUCACGGUCGAAGUCGACCAGCAUUUGUGCCACUUGGCUGAUGUUUGGUGUUAUUAAAACAAUGUCAUCAGCAAAGCGGAGGUGGUGUAGUUGCCAACCAUCUAUCUUCACUCCCAUUCCUUCCCAUUCCAGUCAUCGCAUGAUGCGAUGACUGAAUUUACCACUUUAUAUUAAUUAUUUGCAUUCUUUUCAAAUUUAUGCUUUUUUGUGCUUUAUUCUUUUUUGGGCCAUCACUAUAGUAGUAGUGCUAACAUUUAAGCUUUUAGUGUAAAAAGUUAUGGAUUUCCAAUAUCCCAAAAGUACUAAAGAUCCCCCACCACCAUCCUUAUGUUACUUCUGGACUGUAUCUUCCUUUUCACAACCUGACUUCUCUAUACCAGUUGGUAUGUCACUUUUAUAUAAUUAGAGGAUUUGUCGCCAUUAAAUGCUUUUAUUCUCUUGCUUUGUUUCCUUAUAUACAACAUAUGAAUGAGAUCAUCUAGAAUCCAUCCUUCUCCCCCUGACUUACAUUGCUUAACGUGAUUUCUAAUUCCAUCCAAGUUAAAGUAAAUGGCAAAUUCUCAUCUUUUCUUAAAACUGAAUAAUAUUCAAUUGUGUGUCUCUAUAUCAGAUCUUCUUUAUCACUACCUGCUGUUGAAUGCUUAGGCUAUUUCCCGAUCUUAAUUAUUUCAGCACUGCAAUGAAUAUUGUGUGCAUGUAUCUUUCUGGGUUAAUGAUUGUUGUUCUUAGGAUACUGUAGAAAAAAUUAUUUAACAUUUUUAUUAUACAUUUUAUAAACUUUUAAUACAAACAAAUAUUUUAUCUGUAUAGUUAUACAUACUUAUGCAUAUAUUUAUAUUUGAUAAAUAUAUAGUUGCAUAUUAUAUUUACAGGGCUGGAGCGAUAGCACAGUGGUAGGGCAUUUGUCUUGCAUGCAGCCAACAUGGUCAACCUGAGUUCGAUUCCUCCACCCCUCUUGGAGAGUCCAGCAAGCUACCAAGAGUAUCUCGCCCACACGGCAAAGCCUGGCAAGCUACCCGUGACGUAUUCCAUAUGCCAAACACAGUAACAAGUCUCACAAUGUUACUGGGCCCACUCGAGCAAAUCGAUGAUCAGUGACAGGACAGUGAUUUUAUUUACAAACUGGUGAGAAUUAAUCUGUAGUUUACUGUUAAUUCAGAGACUCUUAAAAAGUCCAUUUGUAGUACAGUGAGAGUUGAAAUUAGAUUAUUUCUAAAACUCAAGCAAUAAAUUAUCCUGUCAUGCAAAUAUAUAAAUAUCAAAAUAUAUUAUUUUACACCUCA